UUUUUACUUUUUCAAAUAUCACAUGUAUAGCGGUAACAUCUUAUCAAUUUUAUAUAAAUAUAUCCAUUAGAGAGCGCGGAUGGCAGUGAUAUUAACGCACCCCUUAGAGUUUCUAUAUAAAUUUUGCCUCCCAAAUUAUUAAACUUCUUGAUAUUAUUUAUUAAAUAUAUACAAUGAUUUUAUAUUUCUAAUCUAUUUGUGAAAUAUUUUUUUUUCAUUGUUUGUGAUAUAUGAAUAUAAAGAAAAAAGAGUAUUACUCUUAUUAACAUAUUCAAUGGAGACUGGGAGUUCAGUUAUAUUAGAUACUUGUGGAGAUGAUUCGGUCUUGCUUCAAACAGUAAAAAAUAUAGUUAAUCAAAAUCAACAUAAUGAAUUGGAGCCAGAGGAGGAAGAAUUUUUUUUAGUAACAGAUGUUGAAAAUGAACAUCAUAGAAAUAUAGAUGUUACAAAUGAUAAUUCAGUAUGUAAUCUAAAUGAAUCCUUAGAAAAGAUAUCAUGGACAGGAUUAUGUAGAAUUUGUGCUAAUGUAAAUGAUCAUUUAAUUCCAAUAUUUGAAGGAGAAGGCAUGGAACAUGCACUAUGUAACAAGAUACAUAAAUAUUUACCUAUACAUAUUUCUGAGAAUGACACAUUACCUUUGCAAUUAUGUUACCAUUGUGCAGCUACAUUAUUAGCAUGGCAUGAAUUAGCUGAAGGAUGUUUAAGUGCAGAACGCCGAUUGCUUGAGAUACAAACCUCAUCUCAAAACAAACAGUACUUUCAACCACAGUCAACAGAUGAAUCAGUAACUCUGCCAGAAACUACUGUAUCUCAUGUUACAGAAAAAGUUUUUACCAGUCAAGAAAGUGAAGUUAAAAAUGAGGCAUAUGAAAGCAAGGAAGCUGCUAAUGAUUCAAACAGGUCCAGUAGCAACCGGACACCAUUUAAAAUGUUCCUUGAAAUGCACAAUAUAUUUUGGAAGCCAUAUAAAAAAAGAUGCCAGCUACAGCAAAAGAAAUCUAAUAUGGGUGGAGAUUGUGGUUCUAUUUGGAUUGCUGUAAUGGAUACAACGCUUGAACAUCCUUCUAUAGCUGAUCUACAGCAAAAUAAUGAUACAGAUGUUAAAGGAGAAAUCUGUGAAGAAUACAAACAAAAUAAUGCCAAAAUUCUAGAUCGAGAACAAAAUACAUGUAUGGUAGCAUUUCUUCCAAGUGUAAAUAAUGAAUCACAGAAAACAAAGAUAUGUAAAACUUCCUUAAAUGAUACUAAAGACACUAAUGAGCAAAUAAAGAAACAAAAAAAUUUUUCUGAUACACAAGAAUCAUAUCAAUGUAUUGAAUGUGGAAAGUUUUUUAAAUUAAAAGAUUCAUAUUUAAGGCACAUGAGGAUACAUAAAGAUGAAAGACCAUUUACUUGUCAUGUAUGUGGAAAACAAUUUCGUGAUUCUGGUGGGCUUUCGAGACAUUUAAAAGAUGUACAUGCAAAGCUUAAAAAUUUUAUGUGCGAUAUUUGUGGCAAAUCAUUUGCAUCAAAAGCUACAAGAGAUGAUCAUCGUCGUACACAUACAGGAGAAAGACCUUACAUUUGUGACUCCUGUGGUAAAACAUUUAAGUCAAAAGCUUCACUUUAUAUUCAUAGCAAAUUACAUACAAAUGAAUUUCCACAUCCAUGCACUUACUGCAAUAAAAAAUUUCGUAGACGUCAAGAAAUGUUAGCUCAUGUAACAACACACACAGGAGAGAAGAAUUAUGGAUGUGAUAUAUGUUCAAAAAGAUUUAGAGUGAAAUCAGAACUAGUUAGGCAUAAGCUUGUUCACUCUGAAACUAAGCCAUUUGUUUGCGUUAAAUGUGGGUUGGCUUUUCGUCAAAAACGUUAUUUAAAUAAUCACAUUAAAAGCAGACAUGUCGACUUACUACAAAUGGGCUAACUUAUGCACUGCAAUUUACCUCUACACAGAUAAUUUUUUGACAUUCUAGUGUCAAAGAAUCAUUCAAAUCUGCUACGUUUAUUAUGUUUCCAGGUAUGGUUCAACAAUGAAGAAAACCUUUGCGGCAUACUGUGCAACUCGUACUGCUGUUUUAGCAACAUGCAAUAAUGAAUAAACGGAUUUUCUAAAUACAACAUAUGAAAUCAAGGAAGAAAAUUAUAACUAUAUUACAACUGAAGAUGAUGAUAAAAUAAAGGUAGAAAGUGUGUCAUAUGAAAAUGAAGAAAUAAAUUUAUCGCACAAUAAUAAUGACAAAUUAUAUAAUUUGCCUCCUAAUUUACAUAAUUCAGAUAUAACAAGAACAAAAACAUCCUCACCUCAAAAUGAUAUGGAAAGUAAUAUUGUGUCAAUGAAAACCUGUACUCAAUCUGCGAAGAAGUAAUACAUCUGUAAAUAUUGUGUAAACAUAUUUUUUUGAGAGAAAAUAUAAUUUUCUCUUAAAAGUCAUACAAGUAGAUGUUCUAUGUAUAAACAAUCAAAUAACAAGGUAUGAAUGGAAAAAAAAAAAAAAGAAAAAAGACUGUACCAAAUUAAGAUGUAUUAUAAAGAAAUUCAUAAAAGGAAAUCUGAUAUAAGUGAAGCUAAAGAAAUAGAAAUAUUCCAACAGAUAUGGCAAAUCAAAAAAAAAAAAAAAAAAAGGUCUAAUUCUUACCUUUGUAUGUAUUGCAAAUUUAAAACAGAAGAAAAGAAAUUAUUUGAGUUAUAAGUCAUAGAAUA